ACUUCUGACCACAAAGUUUCUGUUGUGGGAGGCGUGUUAUAAAAAGAGACGUGUGGAGUGGGGGGGUCACUGCAAGCCUGCAGCGUCUGUCCCACCAUGAUCUGCUGCAUCCUUUACGUCUUUCUGCAAAUCUCCCUCACAGGGGCUGCUGAGAGCGGCAUAGUCGGUGGCAGGGAGGCAAAGCCCCACUCCAGACCGUACAUGGUGUCAGUCCAGUAUCGGGGAGUACAUUCAUGUGGAGGGAUCCUUAUUCAGAGGGACUUUGUUCUGACUGCAGCUCACUGCAAAAAUGAGACCUGGGGUUCUUGCACCGUGGUGCUCGGAGCACACGACAUCACCAAGAAAGAGAGAACUCAGCAACGCAUCGAAGUGGACGAGUAUUUCGCUCAUCCAGGGUUCACUGGGAACUUAAACAAUGACAUCAUGUUACUGAAGUUGAAGAAGAACGCCACGCUGAAUAAGUACGUGAGGACCAUAGGACUGCCUAAGAAGAACAGGGAAACACCCGCCAACAUUAAAUGUGCUGUGGCCGGCUGGGGACUAACCAGAGCUAAUGGAUCUCGUUCAAAUGUCCUAAAAGAAGCCACAGAGAAGAUGCAGUUCAGCACUGAGUGCAAACACAUUUGGCAAAAACACUUUAACUCUGGUCACAUGAUAUGCACCAAGUUUACCAGACGGGACGGAGGUGUUUGCCAGGUAACGAAAUAACAAAAGCAGCCCAGCAGCUAAUAAC